CGAACUUUCAAUCGUGGCCCGUUCUAAGUGACCCUUUUUGGCGACAGCUUGUCCACAAUCCCCUGCAUCAAGAGUCGACGAUCGAUACCCUCACGCGCGCCCCCCCAGACUCCCACGCAACACAUCAUGAGGGUGUCCGCUAUUGCCUGCGGGCUUCUCGCCUGCUUCAUUUCCCAGGCGGCUGCCACGGCACUGACCUACAAGCUUCAUGCCAACGAGAAGGCCUGCUUCUACGCCAAGACCCAGAAGGAGAACGAGAAGAUUGCUUUCUACUUUGCCGUUCAAUCUGGUGGCUCUUUCGACGUCGACUACGUCGUGACGGGACCAGGCAACAAGAUCAUUCUGGAUGGAGCUAAGGAACGCCAGGGCGACUUUGUCUUCACGGCCCAACAGCUGGGCGACUACGAGUUCUGUUUUAACAACGAGAUGAGCACCUUCGCCGAGAAGUUCGUCGACUUUGAGAUUGCCGUCGAGAACGAGGUUCGCGCCCAGCUCCCCGCCAAGCAGGGCGCCUCUCCUGAACAGCACACAACUCUCGAGGAAACCAUCUUCAAGCUCUCCGGUCAGCUCUCGACCAUCUCCAGGGGCCAGAAAUACUUCCGCACCAGAGAGAACCGAAACUUCAGCACUGUUCGCAGCACCGAGGGCCGCAUCAUCAACUUCAGCAUGAUUCAGUGCGCUUUGAUCGUGCUGAUGGGAGCUCUGCAAGUGUUUAUUGUCCGCUUCUUCUUUCAAGGAGCUCGCAAGGGCUACGUAUAGAGGAGCAAUCUCAAAAGUUAAAUCUGGAUUUCGUGCGGCGCGAGGGAAACGGAGUCACCAGGUACUCGGUGCAUAUCACAAGCAAAAGAGACAUGAUGUGGUCCACGGUAUGAGAUAAAAACGACGACCAGAAUUUCAGCGCUGUUUCUUCAUAAGGCCUU